AUGAGGCUCCAGCAGAAACUCUACGAAAGCUGGCAGAGCAUCAUGCAGGACUACGCGACAGUGUUUGGCCCCAAGAUCGUCGCUCCAGAAGGGAUGGUACCUCUAGCAGCCGCGAAGCCCUGGGCGCCGCACUAUCGCAUCAACUCAACAGCUCGGAAAGAGGUAUCAGAGAUCGUCACCCAAGCUUUAGAGCGCUUAGGCGGAGGCUGGGAGGAACAUCCGUCGGGUCUCGGUCUAAAAACUACGUGGAACCUGCUGUGGACGUGGAGUAAGCCCCGCGUGGAGCGUCAGACGCUGCUAGCAUGGCAGAAGGUGAACCACUUCCAGCAUGCGAAGGCUCUCACGCGCAAGGACUGUCUGAAGAAGCACAUCGGGAAGUACCUCGCUGCUGGUGGACGUCUCCGCCAAGCUUUUGACAUCAUCCCGCCGACCUUCUUACUGCCAAAAGAGUACGUCGCCUUCGUACAAGCCUUCCAAGAGCGCAGCGAGCGACUGCGACGCAGUGGGUUGUCCGAAGCCAAGAACAUUUGGAUCAUGAAGCCCGUCGCGCUCUCGCGUGGGCGUGGAAUCUCGCUCGUGAACGAUCUGAGCCAGGUGAUCUACGGGGAGCAGGUGGUGAUCCAGGAGUACAUUGCAGCGCCAAGGUUGCUGGACGGCUUCAAGUUCGAUCUGCGUCUGUACGUGCUCGUGACGUCCUUCAAUCCGCUCGAAGCUUUCCUCUACGACGAGGGCUUUGUGCGACUGUGCACUCGACCGUAUGAGGACAGCGACAUCAGCAACAUCUUCGUUCAUCUGACCAACAGCAGCAUCCAGAAGGACAACGAGGAGGCCAUCGCUGGCAGCGCCAACCCGAUAGCUAGUGCCAACAACCACAAAGAAGGAGACGAAGCAGCUCAGAAAGAUGCCGGAGGGACCAAGACGACGUUGGCGUAUCUCUGGCGGAGACUCGCAGCUGAUGGCGUUGACGUCGAGCAGGUGAAGCGCAGUAUUGAGGACGUGGUCUUGAAGGCGCUGCUGUGUGGGGAGGACCAGAUCCCGUUCCAAGUCAACAGCUUCGACCUGCUGGGCUACGACAUCCUCCUGGACGCCGACCUGCGUCCGUGGCUCAUCGAGAUCAACUCGUCUCCUUCCAUGGCGCGCGACAACGACCUGGACUACCAGGUGAAGGACGCCAUGAUGCUGGACACGCUGCGUGUCGUGGACCCAUUGCACUUCGACCGCGCGAAACUGGCCGAGGUCAUCGCCCGACGGCAGCGCGAUCUAGAGGACGAGAAGCGACGACCGCAUGCUCACACGCGCCACCCUCGCGAGGCGGAGGAACUGGCAGCUCGUCAGCUGAAUGAAGACCUCACCGCCAUUCUGAGGGGGAAGGUGCCUCGGGCGUACGGAGAAAAGCCCGAAAACAUGGGCAGCUACCGGAGACUGUGUCCACACACCACCGGCUACAACCAACUUGUGAAGCUCAAGCGGAGCUGCUUGUGA